AUGUCCACUAUUACUUCUCCUUUUCAGCUGAACACCAAAACAUCCCCAGCAACCAACCAGGCACCAGGCCCAGAGGAAAAGGGGAAAGCUGGCAAUGCCAAGAAGGCUGAAGAAGAAGAGGAGAUUGACAUUGAUCUGACAGCACCAGAAACAGAGAAGGCUGCUCUUGCCAUUCAGGGCAAGUUCCGGCGAUUCCAGAAAAGGAAAAAGGAUCCCAGCUCCUGA